GGAAGAUACUUUCGUUCUCGGAAUGAUGGUUGCCUCGCGCAGAGAUAACGACCUUUCGCCUUAUCAGACCCAUUCCGACUCAUGUUGGCAUGUUGGCAUUAUGAUAGCAAGCUCCGACGGACUCGAGGGUUGUACCCCUUUAUAAUCCUCCAGGUAUAAAGAGCUCGCCAUUCUUCCGCAAUUUUCUGUUUGUUGUACUCUAGUCAUUGUUGCUACGAAUAUUUAUCUCAUUCCAACAUGGCUGGCUCGCUGGAACACACAACGGAUGCUGUGCCCGGCACCGUCCACCUUGUCGAUUUAGACCACACCAUGCACACUCGCCAUGCUGGUGGCGGAGAUAUUGUCCUGGAUCCCACACCCUCCAAUGAUCCCGACGAUCCGCUUAACUGGUCCCCGCGAAGGAAGCUGCUUUCCAUGAUAUGCUCCAACGCAUAUACGUGGUUUACCGGUAUUGCUGUGUCCACUGUCUACUCCGUGCUCGUACCGCUCUCCGAUGCCACUGGCGUCUCAAUUUCGACGCUGAAUGAAGGGACUGGGUAUAUGUUCUUGUUUCUUGGCUGGGGCCUUCUAUUCUGGCAGCCUUUUGCUCUGCGGUAUGGAAAGCGGCUGGCUUAUUUGAUCUCCGUGCUUGGGGCCAUCGGUACGAGUAUCUGGAGUGCCUACGUGACGACCAACGGCGAAUGGAUAGCAAGAUGCAUCGUGAUGGGUUUCUUCAUCGCGCCGAUCGAGGCCCUCCCCGAGAUCUCCGUCACUGACGUAUACUUCACACAUCAGCGAGGCGCUGGUAUGGCUACAUAUGCUUUUACCUUGGCCGGCAGCAAUUACUUUGCGCCCGUCAUCUGCGGCUUCAUCGCCGAACGCCAGGGCUGGCGCUGGGUGUUCUUCUGGCCUGCCAUUUUCAACGCGGCUACCUUCAUCUUCCUCUUCUUCUUCAUGGAAGAGACCAACUAUAACCGCAAGACAACUGGAGUCGUGACGGCACCCGAUUCGCCGCCGCCGAGUAUCACUGAUGCAGCUGAACAUGAGAAGGCUCCCGCGGUGACCGCGCCAUCCCCUUCGACAUCUAGCGGCGAAGUGUUCGCGGCACCAAAGACAUUCGUCCAGAAACUCUCCAUAUGGCAGCCUUCGCCAGGCAUGAGUAUGCUUCCACGCGCUAUUCAAAGCUUGAAGUACCUCGGCUGGCCUGUCAUCUUUUACGCUGGCUUCUCCUACGGCUCGUACCUCAUCUGGUUCAACGUCCUGAACGCCACAGCGUCCAUAAUUCUCGGCGGUGAACCGUAUAACUUCAGCGCUUCCAUGGUUGGACUCAGUUACCUCGCCUGCUGCGUCGGCGUCAUCCUCGGAUCGCUCAUCUCGGGCCGACUGAGUGACUGGUUGACCAUCAAGCUCGCUCGUCGCAACAACGGUAUCAUGGAAGCGGAGCAGCGCUUGUGGCCUUUCACGAUUUGCGUGAUUAUGGUUCCGGCGAGCUUGGCCCUGUGGGGCGUUGGCGCAGCGCACCAGGUCCACUGGUUCGGCCUUCUUUUCGCAAUGGGGUGUCUGGCGUUCACCAUGUGCAUCGGCAUUACGCUGAGCGUCAACUAUCUCAUCGACAGCUAUCACGAUAUCAGUGGCGAUGCAAUUGUGGCUGUCAUCAUCGUGCGAAACACGAUGUCGUUUGCGAUCAGCUAUAGUAUUACUCCCUGGUUGACGAACCUGGGCUAUCAGAACUGCUUCGUCUCCGCGGCGAUGGUUGGAAUGAGUGCAUCGGCUGUUUUCCUGGUCAUGAUCAAGUUCGGCAAGAGACUCCGUGUUCGGAGUAGCAGCAGGUACUGGAGCCUUGUGAAAGCAGACAAGGCUGAGAUGUAAAAUCCUUGGCGCCACA